CCUCGCAAAUUUCGUCCUGGUUUUAACCAAUUAAUUAUACAAGGAAACAAAGCGCAGAACCAAAAAAGCGCGGGGCGAUCGAAGCAAUGCAGGAGAAUAAGCAUCAUUUCUUUGUAUUUAUUCUAUUUUCAAAUCCCCUUUUCUUCUAGUACAUAAUAAUAAUAAGCUUUAUGUUCAAUUGCUCCGUAGAACCCCUAAAAUAUGAAGCAUUAAUCAAGAACUUCUUUUAUUUUCCCUUAUCUGAGGAUUUUUUCUUUAAAAAAAAAAAAUGGGUAAUUUGGAGAUUCAAUCGGAUUCAAAAUUAAAAGGGGUUCGAUAUUUGAGUUUGAAAAGUAGUGAUUUGUGUAUGAAUUCGAUUGGUUUCGAUGAUUUGGCUACAACAACAUCGUUAGUUUCGUUGAUUUCUAUGGAAAAUAGUUCUUCUUCUUGGCGGAGUAGAGGGAUGGGAAUCAAUGUUAGGAGAGAUAAGGGACGGUUUAUGUCGGUUGCGCUUUCAGAUAAUAAUGAGAUGAAUGGAGAAGCUGCUGUGGUGGAGAGUGAAGUUGGAGUGUGUGAGGAAGCUGUAGAGAAGGGUGGAGGUGCAUUGAAUACUACUAAGCAUCUUUGGGCUGGUGCUGUUGCUGCUAUGGUCUCCAGAACUUUUGUUGCUCCACUGGAGAGACUAAAGCUGGAAUAUAUAGUUCGUGGUGAGCAGAAGCAUCUUUUUGAGCUCAUCAAGACAAUUGCUGUUACUCAAGGGAUCAAGGGAUUUUGGAAGGGGAAUUCUGUGAAUAUUCUACGAACAGCUCCAUUUAAGGCUAUCAACUUCUACUCUUAUGAAAAAUACAGGGAUCAUCUACUCAAAAUAACUAGUAAUGGGGAGGCAACUAAUAUUGAGAGGUUUAUUGCUGGUGCAGCUGCAGGAAUUACAGCUACUGUGCUCUGCAUACCUAUGGACACUAUUAGGACAGUAAUGGUUGCACCUGGGGGAGAAGCCUUGGGGGGUUUAAUUGGUACAACGCGGCAUAUGAUUCAGACAGAGGGGUUUUUCUCUCUUUACAAGGGCCUAGUACCCUCGAUCAUAAGCAUGGCACCUUCAGGUGCAGUUUUCUAUGGAGUUUAUGAUAUAUUAAAAUCAGCUUAUUUGCACUCACCGGAAGGGAGGAAAAGACUAGAAAAGAUGAAACAACAAGGUGAACAGUUGAAUGCCCUGGAUCAACUGGAGUUGGGCACAGUUAGAACUUUGGUAUAUGGGGCAAUUGCUGGUGCUUGUGCAGAAGCUGCUACAUAUCCUUUUGAAGUUGUGAGGAGACAGCUUCAGUUGCAGGUCCGUGCAACUAAGAUGAGUACACUGGCUACUAGCCUGAAGAUAGUUGAGCAAGGCGGUAUCCCUGCGCUCUAUGCUGGAUUGACUCCCAGCUUAUUACAGGUUUUACCAUCAGCUGCAAUUAGUUACUUCGUCUACGAAUUUAUGAAGAUAGUUUUGAAAGUGGAGUAAAUAUGAGAUUGGGGUUCCUCAAGGCCAUUCCUGGUGAGAACUACAAGUCGACGCUAACAAGUGGUAUGCAAUUUAACCAUAAGGCGAAUUUUGGCUCUUGUUUUACAUAGUCUGAACAGGGGUAGGUAAUAAUACAUGUUAUAUAGGAAGAGUUGUAAAGAACGUUUCCCAGUUAUUGAGCUUUCCCUUGUCAGCUUUUCAUGGGGAAUUAGUGGAGCUAUAUCUUUUUUCGUUUUGCGUCUCCAUCAAAGCAAAAGUUGAUACAAAAUGAAACGUUUUGGCUUGAAUUAGCUUGGUUA